GAGGUGCUGGCGGAGACGCUGGAGCAGCUGUGGAUCUCGUAUAACAUGAUCGAGAAGAUGAAGGGGGUCGGCGUCCUCAAAAAGCUCAGGGUCCUCUACAUGUCCAACAAUCUGGUCAAGGAUUGGGAGUUUAUUAAACUCACAGAGCUGACUGCGCUGGAGGAGCUCAAUUUUGUAGGUAAUCCGCUAGAGGAGAAGCACACCGGAGAAGGAACAUGGCGGACGGAAGUGGAGCGGAAGUUGACAGGACUGAAGAAAUUAGACGGUUUACCCAUCAUUCGCGAGAUGGACGACGAAGCUAUCAUAGAACAACAGCAGGAACAACAACAACAGCAACAGCAGCAACAACAGUCGGAGAGGAAAGAUUCGACAAGACCUACAACACCAUCGUAGAUUUUUUAUUUAUUUCAGUUGUUCACACGUGGUUUUAUGAAAUGCAUGGCUUACCACGCAUGAAACCACAUUUACCUCAUCGAUGAGUAAGAUAGAAUAACGGUUUUGCGGUCACGUAAACGAAUAAAACAUUUAUAUUGAUUUUAUAUUUUUCCCUACAACUUUUAUAGGCUUACUUCCCACGUGGAUCUCCAUGUGUUUCAUACAUGUUCAGACCAUCGUGAUCUAAUCUUCUUAUGCUGUUCAUUUCUUUCAGCUCAGAACCAUUUGGGAUAAAUUCAAAACUUUUGGGGAAGUUUGACUGAACGAGUAUCCGAUUUAUUAGUAUUAAUAUCAGUAUCACUAGCGAGGUUAUCAUUAUCG